CCGCUCGCCUUCCCCUUUAACGGCUGCGACCGGAGCGACCGGGCUUAUUGCCUUUAAGUCACCCCGGACCGGCUCGUGUGAAGUUAUGUCCCCGGCGGAGUCACCUUUCCUGAGGCGAGUGAUCAACUUUAGUCGAUUGGAAGAAACGGCCGCUCGUCGGCGUCCUCGCGCGGGUCUUUAAGACGUUAUCGACCACUCUGCGGGGGGCGGGGGGGGCUGUUAGCUUAGCUUAGCUCAGCGAGCCGCUUCACAGUUGUCCUCGUAACGUUAACGCGUAAAGCUCAAGUGAACGUUAGCUAACGAGUAACGCGAGUGGAGGUGUAACGCUGAUCCUUCGCGUGUUAAUAACCGCAUAAAACGGUGGAUUUAUCGCCCGCUCAACGGGGACGCGGUCCGGUAGCGUCGCGCCGUCGCUUAAGGCUAACGGGCUGUCAACGUUAAAGGUGUUCGCUUAGCUUUCGCUAGCAAGGUCUCGGUGCUGACUGUCGCUGCACUGACAUCCACCCAGAACCAGGAGGUAACGUGACAAACCCCCCCCCUCCCCCCCCCCCCUGGCCUCCGUAAUGGCCCCAUCGGGCUGCUGACCCCGGCGGCUUCCUGCACGCCGCGCAGAGGGCGGCGGCUAGGAGCUAGCUUGCUCGUUAGCGUCGCUAACAUGCAGCACAGGCCCGGCGUCUCCAGGAGGCGGCACUGCUGAGAGGCGAGAGGCCUGUGUUUGUGCGUGUGUGUGUGUGUGUGUGUGUGCGCGCGCGCCGGGCAAUGGAUGACUUCACCACCAGGACGUACGGCACCAGCGGCAUGGACAACAGGCCUCUGUUCGGGGAGACCUCGGCACGGGAUCGGAUCAUCAACCUGGCGGUGGGGGGGUUCACGUCUCUGGUCGUUCUCGUGACUGUGAUCAGCUCGUUUGUGUUCCCCUCGUUGCCUCCGCGGCCGCUCAACGUCUUCUUCGCCGUGUGCAUCUUGUUGGCGUGCGGAUCGGCGAUAGUGCUGAUAUUUUGGUACCGGCAGGGCGACCUGGAGCCCAAGUUCAGGAAUCUCAUCUACUACAUGCUGGCGUCCAUCUUGCUGCUGUGUCUUUGUGCCAACCUCUACUUCCACGAUGUCAGGUAACGACGAGGACACCAGGAGGAGGACAAAGAAGAAGGGAGGACAUGGCCUUGGCACGUGGAGGACGGACUACUCGGGGAGACGCACACUUGAAGGAAUGAAUUUCCCAGCUGAGCUGCAGCAAACUGAAGAUUCUCGGAUCAAAACCAGAGAAGCUUUUUGGUUCCAGUGGGACGAAGACGGCCGGACUUGGUGCUGAAGCAUAAUGACCUCCACACUCCCAGACACACACACACACACAAGGCGUCAGUGUAGAAACCAGGAUGUACCGUUCGAGGCCAUGAGGCUGCCUGGAGGAUGUUUACAGGAACAUAAAGAUCCUUAAUCACAGUCGGAUCGUCGCAGUAAUGAGCUCUUCAACACUUAAAGGAAACAUCCGCCCUUUUAUCCCGCUGCUUUUCCUCCGGCUGAGUCAGGUUGAAUUUUACGACUCGCCUCUUUUAAAGCGAUAUUUACAGUCGUUUUUCUAAAGUAGUGCUUUGGCGUCAGAAAAUCCUGAAUCACUUGAGCUGGACGGCGAGGACGGCGCUGUGGGUGGUAGAUAACGGAAUGUGCCCCAAUUCCGUCCUACAUCCGACUACUGUGACGUCAGUGCUGCUACGUAGACCGUUUUACAGUCGGUUCACUCCAUGUGAAACUUCUCCAUCAGGGACAAACAGGUUCUUACAAAGAUGUGAUAGAUUUGUGCAGCUGUGAGCGACGCCUCCGAUUCCUUCAUGCAAUGCAUUGUGGGUAAUUAUAUUUAACGUAAUAUGAACUGUAUAAUUGGGACACAAUCAAAGCUUUAAUUAAUGUGCAGGAUCCUUUAACGAAACAUCAAGGAGAUUAAAUAUCUAUAAGCUGCCAAACUAUUAGAAUACAAGUCAUGCAACUCGAUUUAUCGGGAAACCAAAAUGCAAUCAUGUAAAAGAAUAUUUUAAAACCCGAUUCUGUAUUUUGUCUCACACUUGAAGCUGGAACCAAUUGAUGCCAUUAUAGGAAAAAAAAAUAAACCGUAUUGGAACUUAGUGCGGAGGUUAAUAUUCAGAAUAUAAAGAUUAAAAUUUCACAGGGAACAAAUGUAUGUUUUUUUCUUUUUUAAAGAAGUGUUUCCUCAAGAUCCGGAUGCUUCUGGUUAAUAGCUAAUCAGUAUUUUCUUACUGCUGAAUCCGAUUUAUUUCCAUGAGGUAAUCUGCUGCAAGCAAACCACCCGGAGUGAAGGCUUUUAAAAAUCAGCGUCUUUUGCGUUUUGCCAACAUGAUUUUGUGUUUAUUUUGCUCCAAUUUCAAUAUGUUGCACUGUGGAUGUGAUCGGGGUGGAUGUUUCCCUUAAUGAGCAUGUAAACACGCCGACUGAGCUGUAGCACAAACAUAUAUGCAACAUUCACAUUCACAUAUGCAAACAACGUUUUUAUUGUCAGAGCUUCUGAUUCUCACAAAGUCUUGCGUGACACUUUUGUCAAAGUUGUGCACACGCACACCCUUCAAAUCCCAGCCGGGGAUUUGCAGAAGCAGCCUGGAGUUCACUUCCUUUGGGUUUACAUCAAGAACUACGACGGCGGCACGUCGGUUGUGUCAAAGACGUUUGGUUCGCAGGUUGGAUUCACGUGGAGCAGAAAAGCUGCAAAUGACGAGUGAAACCGGCUUUAACGUCGGCCGCAGCAUCGUGUUUUCUACGUGCAGUACCAAAAGAAAGACUUGACAUUCAUAUUCAAGAAACUUGAUUUGAUGCCGAUUAAGUUAUUAACUUUCUGCCAAAUCUAUUCCCACAGUUAUCUUUAUUCCACGUGUCAUCAAAUCCCACGGAAAUACCAGAACGUGGUAGAACACAGAACACGAGCAGAUUCGGAGUCUGAUUCUCAUCUUUAGCUUUACGUCACGUGACCAAAGUCUUCUGCACUGAGCGGGAAAACAAAGCCGACUCAAACCGCCACGACUUCAGGAUUGUCAAAGCCAUGUGGUCCUUUAUUGGUUUUAUGUAAUAAACAAUUUACCCAGA